AUGGACCCCCGCGCGAGGUCGCAGAACCCUGCGCCUAAGCGCUCUCGGCUGAUGGUUAGCAGGGCUCGAACAGGCUGCCUUACCUGCAAAUCCAGAAGAGUCAAAUGCGACGAGCAGAAACCCAUCUGCAACCGAUGCGUCUCGGCAAACCGCCAUUGUGCGGGCUAUCAGACUCCUCCGAAGACCCCACCAAAGCCUUUCCAUAUAACAUACUAUGUGCCAGAUCUCGUAACCUCUGCCAGAGCCUUGCACUAUCCCACGGAAGAUCUCCAAGAUCAGCAGGCCCUGGCGUUCUUUUACCAGUGGAGUCGGUCAUGUUUCCCCAGCGAGCUGGUGGCGCCCUUUACAGACAGCACUGUGCUACAGGAGCCUGCGCUUAGGCAUGCGAUGAUUGCCCAGGGGAAGCUAUAUGAAACAUACCACUACGGCCUCGCUGCGUCUCCUCAAUCCGAGUCAACAGUAUUCGCAAUGCGGCACUACGGCAAAGCACUCCGUGAGCUGAUUUCUAGCGAUGCCAAAGCCACGGACGACCGAUCCCCCGUGUUUGUGAUUGCCAGCUUUCUUUUUGGUUGUCUGGAGACCUGCCAGGGACACCACAAGAACGCCCUGCUUCACCUUCAAUCCGGGUUCAAGCUAUUCCAGGAACUUAGGCAGUCCGGGCAGCUUGCUGAAGGGUGCGAGAUGAUUUUCCGCUCCCUUUUCACUCGACUAAUAUGUCAGAUGACCCAUUUUGACCUCGCGGAUUGCACGCGGUUUUUUGGGCUCGACGCAAAUUGUUGUAAAGGCCCGGAAGCCUUCACAAGCAUCGCAGACGCUCGUAUACACUUGAUUAACAUAUUGCAAAAGAUGAUCCACAGAAGGCAUUCUGCAAGUCCAAAUGCAGGAUUUGACCAAAAGCCGAUAGCACUUGAGAUGGAACGCCUAGGGACCCUUUUAGCUCAAGAAUUAAUGGAACUAGACACCUGGAUUCUUGCAUUCAACCACUAUCUGAGCUUUGGAAUUUCAAAUAACCACACCUGCGAGUCAUAUGUGCUCGCGAUUUGCUGUUUUCUUCUGAAGUUUCGCAUCAUGGCGGAUUAUCGGAAACCCGGAGAGCAUGAUAGAAAUGAUCGCUUGGACUUCAAGCACAUUCUGGACCUUGGGCAUACCCUAUCGACUGCUGGUCGUCUUACCAGGGACUCCUCGUCCCAGUCAGUCACGGCAAACAGUGGUCAACAAGAUGAUGUUUGGUGCCCCUUGCACCAAAUGUUUGAGACCAACUAUUUUGAGAUUGCAACGCCACUACCAACGGCAAAACAUAUGCUUCCUCACUUCCUCUUUUUCGAUAUUCUAUGUUCUUUAUCCGUGGCGUCUGUCCAUGCUCCCGACCCGAUUGUUCGUCAACAGGCCCGAGAUUUGGUAUUGAAUGCCUGCCAGUGCGCGAAGGGGUGGGACUCAAGUUUGGCUAUCUACCUCGCACAUUGUCUGUCGCAGUCAGGCCAGCUGGAAUCCUAUCAUGAUGAUGAUACUUUCUUUGGAAAGUUUACACCAGAGACUUUUCAUUGUGACGGAUCUGAAAGGCUCAUAGCCCUGGUCGCUGAUUUCGGCAAGCUCUAA